UUGAAAUAGAAAGUGAAAGAAUAAAUGAGAGCAGACAGCAGAGACGGUCGAUAGCAGAUUAUUUUCAACAUGUCUUCAGAUGAGGAUUUCUCGCUGGUGACGACACCGUCCGAGGAAAGUUUAGAAGGAAUCCAAGCUUCAAUCAACUCGUUCAAGAAAAAAUAUGAGCAGCUCCUCGAUGAGCAGAAGGAGCUGAACGCCAACCGAGAGGAUCUGUGUGAGAUGAAGGAGAAGUGCAAACAACGCACAGAGAAAAUAAAGGUUGAUAUUAUUAAGGACAAACAAUCCCACGUCAAGAACCUUGCAAAUGAAAAGAUGAAGCUGGCGAAGCUCGAGCAGGAGGAGAAGGAACUGGAGGAGGAAAUCCAGAGAGUCAUAGCGGCGGUGAAGGAUGAAAAAGCCAAUAACUUACAUCUGAAACAGGAAGCUGACGUGUUCGCGGCCGUGCCGGAGAGGGAAGUCAUCUUUAAAGGACAGACGGGGAAAGCGACCAACUCACAAGACUAUGAGAUGGAAGCACAUAUAGUUUAUCCCAUGGAGGGAGGAACGGCCCUGAUCACGUUUGAGGAGGAAGUUGUGGCCAAGAAGAUCCUGACGACGAAGAAGCACCAGGUAGAUCUGGGAGGAGACUGCAGCAUCAAUGUGGAGGCCAGAGAGGUUCAUCUGAUUGUGCCCGAGCUGGUGGAGAUCGACUCCCAGGUUUGUCCUCGUCGCAUUUUAAUCUCCAACCUCCCCAAGAUGGAGACCGACACUCUGCUGAACAAGCUGGAGAUCCACUUCUCUAAGAGUAAAAACGGAGGCGGAGAGGUGGAAGAGUGCGAGAUGAUGUCCGACUCCGGGACUGUGGUCCUCACGUUUGUGGGAAAUAACAUCGCCAGCGGUUUGACAGAAACAGAGCAACAUGAAGUGAAGCUGCAACAGAAGAAGCACAAAGUGAGAGUGACGCCUUUUAUAAACGGAAAGAUUACAAACGUGAAGACCAAGAUGUCGGUGUGUCCUCGGACGGUGCUGCUGACGGGAAUCCCCGUCGUCAUGGAGAGAGACACCCUGCAGGAUCUGUUGGAGAUCCACUUCCAGAAGAGCACCAACGGCGGCGGAGAGAUCGAAUCCUUCCUGUACAACCCGCUGGGAGAGGAGACCAUGGCCCAAUUCGAGGCCGUCCCUCCAAAAAGUGAGGAGGAGGAGUAGGGGCGGUAGACUCAUCAUCAUCAUCAUCAUCAUCAUCAUCAUAGGUUGAUUUCAAUCAUGUGCCACAGUGAAGAAAGGCUCCACUCCGCCUGAAAUCUGAUCUACUAUAAUGUUUUUACACCUUUUGUUUGCACUUGUGAAGGAACUCAGUAUAAUUCAGCACAAAUGUAUAAGUCUCUUUUAUUAUUUAGAGUUAUAAGCUGCUCAUUUUACUCAGAACAGGAUCCUGGAUGCCUUUUUACUGCUGGUGAUAUUAAUACUGACGAUGUAUCACCUGCGUGUUUCUGUCUAGUUGUGUAAAAUUUGAAUUGAAUGAUAAUGACAAACUUUUAUUAACUUCAAAUGAACAACUAAUGUGCACGUUUAGUUUCUUCUUGUAUAACACUGAAAGGUAAUUAACCUGCAACAUGUUAUUACACAUCGACUAUUUGAGCUCCGUGCCUUCAGAUGUGUUUGUAAAGUGAUGAAGAGACACGUGAACGAGGUUGUGGAAAUCUAGAAAUGUGCAAAAUAUAUAAUGGUUUUAAUUAUAGGGGGAAAAACUCAACUUUUAAUAUCACAAAAAUGCAUUUAAUAUUUCAUUUUAGGGCUGUGAUCUCAAUCAUUUGGUCAAUAAAAAAAGUCAGAAAG